GCCGCCACCGGCACCGAGACGGCCCCGCCACCGGCCCGCGCCGCCGGGCACCGGUCCUGGUCCCGGCCUCUCCUGCCCUCGGUGAAGGCUUUUUUGUUGUUGUUGUUGCUGCCUUUUCCCAAGGUGCUUCCCAUCAGCCCUCGCGGCAUGGCGGCGGCCACCCCGUGUCCCGACCCAAGAUGGCGCCCACGUGCGUGACGGACGGGGAGCAGCGUUUUAGUAGCUGUUAUUAUUACCUUUAAGCGACGCAGCUGACCCCGCACGCAAGGAACGGUAGCGGUGAGGGGCAGGCAUUUUUAAAACAAUAUAUAUCGUUUCUUCCCCUCAUCUUUUUGCAGCGGUCAGUCGGGGACGCCAGGCGGGGCCAGGGUUGACCUGGUGUCCGGGCUGAGGGGGGCUGGUGGGAGCAUGGCGGAGGAAGGUGAUCCCAGCGGGCCCGACCACCUGGCGGCUCCUGUGCCGGAGGGUGAGGAUAGGGCUGAGGCGGGGAGCAAGGCCGAUGGAGGAGGGGGCGGCCCCGCGGCCUCCCCCGACGUGUACGGAUACAUUAAGGGAGACUUGUUUACCUCUGAGAUCUAUAAAGUAGAAAUACAAAACCUUCCCAAAUACAUCGGUUUUAAUGACGUGAAAAAGUUCCUUGCCAAAUACGGGCUCAAUCCUCACAAGAUAAAACUUUUUGGGAAGCAGACAUUCGCGUUUGUGACAUUUAAGAGUGAGGAGGAGAGGGACAAGGCCAUGAAAGUCCUCCAUGGGGUUUUGUGGAAGAGCCGGCACCUGAGCGUGAGGCUUGCCAAGCCGAAGGCUGACCCGAUUGCAAAAAAAAGGAAGAAAGAAGAGGAGACGGAGCAGGGAGAGGCAAAGCGUCUGGCUCCUUCCAACACCAGUGGAGAGGAGCCUCUGAGCAAGCAAAUCGCAGAUGUUGUGACCCCACUGUGGAACGUGCCCUACGAAGAGCAGCUAGCCAAAAAGAAGCAGGAAUGUGAGCAAGUGCUGCAGAAGCUGACAAAGGAAAUAGGAAACAACAACAGAGCGUUAUUGCCUUGGUUGUUCCUGCAGAAGCAGAAGUAUAAUAAAUUGUGUUGCCCAGUAGAGGGAGUGAAAGCAUCACCGUUACAGACCGAAUAUCGCAACAAAUGUGAGUUCUUGAUUGGGAUUGGUGUAAAUCAAGAAGACAAAACUGUGGGUUGUCGUCUUGGCAAAUAUAAGGGUGGUACAUGUGCUGUAGUGGAGCCAUUUGAUACUAUUCACAUUCCUGCUAUUGCCAAAAAAGUAGUAAAAGCUUUCCAAGACUACAUAAGGUCAACUCCUUACACAGUUUACAGCCCAGAAACCUAUGAAGGUCACUGGAAACAGCUCACAGUCCGUACCAGCAGGAACGGCCACAUUAUGGCAAUCGUUUAUUUUAAUCCUCAGAAAUUAAGUAAAGAGGAGCUAGCUGACCUGAAAAUCUCUCUGGCAAAAUACUUCACAGAAGGGAUGGGAAAGAGCAGUGGUGUUACCUCUCUGUACUUCGUGGAAGAAGGACAGAGGAAAUCUCCCAAUCUAGAAGACUUGCCUUUGGAGCACGUGGCUGGUGAUAAGUACAUAUAUGAAGAGCUGCUUGGCCUAAAAUUUAGAAUUUCUCCUCAUGCAUUUUUUCAAGUAAACACCCAAGCUGCGGAAGUUCUGUAUACCACCAUCGGGGAGUGGGCGCAGCUGAGCCCAGAGAGCACCGUACUCGACAUCUGCUGUGGUACAGGAACCAUUGGGAUUUCUUUGGCGAAGAAAGUAAAGAAAGUGAUUGGAAUUGAACUCUGCCAAGAAGCUGUGCAGGAUGCCAAAGUGAAUGCCCAGAUUAAUGAACUGAAUAAUAUUGAAUUUCAUUGUGGGAAGGCUGAAGAUGUUGUUCCUUCCCUAAUUAACAUAUUAGCACCGCAGAACCCAAUUACAAUUGUAGAUCCGCCACGAGCAGGACUGCAUUCGAAGGUAAUUCUUGCCAUUAGAAGAGCCGAACAUCUGAAGAAGCUCAUCUAUGUAUCCUGCAAUCCCAGAGCUGCAAUGAAUAACUUUGUGGACCUUUGCCGGGCCCCUUCCAACAGAGUGAAAGGCGCUGCCUUCCGCCCCGUCAAAGCAGUGGCUGUGGAUCUCUUCCCUCAGACCAGGCACUGCGAGUUACUGAUAUUCUUCGAAAGGGUCGACUAUGCAAAUGGGAGCUCCACUGAAGCAGCACCUGAUGCCGCUCAAGUCACAACAGCAGGAUACGACUCCGUGUGCAUGGAUGGCACCGACCCACCUCACAGUGAUGGGAACCAGGCGACUUCUGUAUGUGUAGAUCCUGCGUUUGAAGAGCAGGAAUCAACUUAACUCCUGGGAGAUGCUCUCCAGAAACUACUGUUGCUUGUUAGCAGCUUCAGUAACACUGUUUCUGUAACAUCCAGGUAAUAAAUCUCUGUACAACAGA